AUGUCAGGGUGGAGCAACGGUGGCUCCAACGUGUCCUACACCAGCUUCCUCCUGGUGGGCUUCCCAGGGCUGCAGGAGUCCCGCGCCCUCCUGGUGCUGCCCUUCCUCAGCCUCUACCUGGUGAUCAUCUCCGCCAAUGCCCUGGUCAUCCACACGGUGGCAGCCCAGAGGAGCCUGCACCAGCCCAUGUACCUGCUCAUCGCCCUGCUCCUGGCUGUCAACAUCUGUGCCGCCACCACCGUGGUGCCCGCCAUGCUGUUCAGCCUCUCCACCCGCUUCAACCGCGUCUCCCUGCCUCGCUGUCUGCUCCAGAUGUUCUGCAUCUACUUCCUCAUUGUCUUUGACUGCAACAUCCUCCUGGUCAUGGCCCUGGACCGCUAUGUCGCCAUCUGCUACCCGCUCCACUACUCGGAGAUAGUGACAGGCCAGUUGCUGGCUGGCCUGGUGGGGGUGGCAGCGGCCAGGAGCACCUGCAUUGUUGCUCCAGUGGUGGCACUGGCCUCCCGGGUUCGCUUCUGCCGCUCAGACGUGAUCCACCACUUUGCCUGUGAGCACAUGGCCCUGAUGAAGCUCUCCUGUGGGGACAUCUCCCUAAACAAGACUGUAGGGCUCACUGUCCGCAUCUUCAACCGAGUCCUGGACAUGCUGCUACUUGGAGCCUCCUACUCCCGCAUCAUCCAUGCUGCCUUCCGGAUUUCAUCAGGUCAAGCACGUUCCAAGGCCCUGAACACCUGUGGCUCCCACCUGCUGGUCAUCUUCACUGUCUACUCCUCCACCAUAUCCUCAUCCAUCGUCUACCGUGUGGCCCGCACAGCCUCCCAGAACGUGCACAACCUGCUCAGUGCCUUCUACCUGCUGCUCCCAUGUCUGGUUCACCCUGUCAUCUACGGGGCCAGGGCCAAGGAAAUCAGGCAGCACCUGUUAUCUCUGUUCCAAAGGGCACAGCUACAGGUCCCCACCGAGAAGCCCCAGUCCCUGCCCUCGUAUAGGGAGCUUCCUGCCUGA